UUGAGGUUUUGCGGGAAUUUUUGAACGUUUUUGAACAACGAAUUUCGUGAUAAAAAAUUGAUAAUUGCAGCAACAGUAGGAAUAACAGAGAAUCUCCAGCAAAUGUAUAGUGAAUAGAGGCUACCGCCGCAGAUCACGAACGCGCUGGAGGCUGCCUAGAAAGCAAGAAGCCCAGGAAGUACUUAGGGUAAAUCCUCGUCUUCUUCGUCUCCGUCUUUUUGUCUCCGAUUCGCGGAUAAAAUUCUGCGACCCAAGAUAAGAUCCAAUGAAUGGCGAUCCUUGGGCAGCUGGUUUUGGCGGCAACGUUUAGCCUCUUUGCGUACUACGUGUUCUGGGUGGCGGUCCUGCCGUUCAUGGUGAUCGAUUCGAGUGGGGAAGAAAGCUGGAUCUACUCGCUCUUUCCACCGAUUCAAUUUGCCUUCUUGCUGCCUGCGAUCUUUGGUGUGGUGCUAGUCGGUGGUUUGUCGAUCUUUUCCUGUUACCACUUGCGGGAGCAUCUCGGCACGCACAUCGUAGGAACGGUCGGUUGCUAGAAGGUGCACCAGAGAAGCAGAGAGAGAGAAAGACAGUUGUCUAUUUUAUCUCGCCUCGGUUACGUCGUGCGCUAGGAUGAUAAGCAGAUUGGGUUUAUUAGCGUGGAGCAUUAAGUGUGCAAACCGUGGAACAGAAAGCUUGUAAGCCAGCGAACCAUCUUACGACCCAUCGCCCUUAAUCCUUCCCAACGCCUGUACCUCACAACCUUCCGUACCCAUUGAUACGGUCGUUAGAGAUAAGAGCACCUCCCAGUGGCGCGGUCAUGGCUACACGAGGUUUUGAUUAGUAAACAUCACGAGUUUCCAACAUCAAACCCGCCCCGAUCGCCGCUCUUAUCGCGCUCAACCGGCACUCAACUGAUCGUCAGUCAUUUCCAUUCUGUGCAGAUACUUGCAGCAUUCAGGAUUUUCGGGCGGCAAAAUGGAAACGUGGUUAGUGAUCGGUAUAUCGGGCGUGACGAAUGGAGGUAAGACGACACUGGCCAAGUCGCUCGAAUCGUACCUUCUCUCGCAACAGGGAAAAGGAUUUUUUAAGGAAAACAUCAUGUUGAACCGUGUGGUGGCGCUGUGUCAAGAUGACUACUUCCUACCAGUGGACAGCCCGAAGCAUUGUGUGAUCGAGAAGCUGAAUCACAUCAACUGGGAAAUCCUGUCGUCGCUCGACAUGGAGCGCAUGUGUUACGAUAUCAUGAAACUGCUCGGUCACAAGUUCAUUCUUUACAACUGCCAGCAGUUGCGUGCACAGGAACGUGGCAACGAAUGUGGUGGUAUCGUAGAUCAGCUGGAACCGAUGAUCCAAGAUGAGGAUAACAUCUUUGCCGAUCACUUUCUGACAAACUUCCUUCGGAAAUACGAUGAGAAUGGAAACGGAGGUUGUGGUGGUACGGGAAGCGGGAGCUCUGGAGCUUCUGCAAGGACGACAAACUGGAUUAAAAAAUCGAAGAAUGAACCAUUCCACAAUGUGAGCAUUAAACUGAACGUGUUGCUACUGGAAGGAUUCCUGCUGUUCAACCACCCGAUCACGCUCGACCUGUGCGGCAUAAAGUUCCACAUACACUUGCCAUACGAGAAGUGCUACUCCAGACGAUUGCAACGUGUAUACGAUCCGCCCGAUGUGGUCGGUUAUUUUGAGAUGUGCGUCUGGCCCAUGUACGAGAAGCAUUACAAGGAGUUCAAGGAUCGGAAAGACAUCUUCGUGCUGAAUGGGGAAAUACCGCAGGAGAACAUCUUCAAUUACGUCCUAAACUGCAUCAAAGAUCUGCUCUAGAACCUUAGCAUUAGCAACUGUAUAGCAUCUGCUGUAACUGUGUGACAAGUACAAGAUAUCGAUGAAACAAGAUUCCACUUUACGGGUUAACGAGUUCCUUAGCUGUAAGACGCAUGUAGGCAUAAGCAAAAGUCUCACUGGUAGUGAGGCAGUCGGAAAACGGAAUGAUUUUGAAUGACCAAAUAAAUAGACUAAAGAGUCCUCCUAAGGUG